UGAGGGGCUGGCGGGCUGGCGUCUUGGGUCCAGGCCGGGGAUCUGACCCGUGGUUGCUGUCCCCGGAACCCACAGCGCGGCCCAUCUUGUGCUGGCCAUGAGGCCGCAGCAGGCGCCGGUGUUCGGAAAGGUAUUCAUUCAGCGAGACUACAGCCGUGGCACACGCUGUCAGUUCCAGACCAAGUUCCCCGCGGAGCUGGAAAACCGGAUUGAUAGGCAGCAGUUUGAAGAAACGGUUCGAACUCUAAAUAGCCUUUAUGCAGAAGCAGAGAAGCUUGGGGGUCAAUCAUAUCUUGAAGGCUGUUUGGCUUGUUUAACAGCCUACACCAUCUUCUUCUGCAUGGAAACUCAUUAUGAGAAGGUUCUGAGGAAAGUCUCCAAAUACAUUCAAGAGCAGAAUGAGAAGACAUAUGCUCCCCAAGGCCUCCUCCUGACAGAUCCCAUUGAGAGAGGACUUGGAGUUAUUGAAAUUACCAUUUAUGAAGACAGAGGGAUGAGCAGUGGAAGAUAAACCAUGGAAUUGAAGAUCCCAGCUCCAGCUGGGAACCUCAUCUCUCCACGGGCUGAUCGCAGAGCUUCCCCUACCUCCUCUACAGAGCCUCAUUCCUUUGGAUCUGCUGCCAGAGCCACGGUGCCAUUUACUCCAAGGACUAACUCUCUAAAAUUCCACACCUGGAGUGACCGCUAGUCGCUCAGCAUCCACUUUUUGUCUCCAAAUUGUGUAGGACUCUGUAAUCUUUUCAUUAGUUUCUGAGAAAACACAAUGAAGCAUUUCACUUUUUUUAUUCAGAGCCAUUAAUGAAAUAUGCAGUUGGUUAGCCCAACGUCAAGUUUAUUUAUCUGCCACCAACACCAAUGGUUCUCUUCAUUCCUUGGGCCAGCUUCCCAGGUGGCUAUAGACCUCAAAGUCAUGUCUUAGCCAGUGCUCAGUCUCAUUCCCCCAAAUUAACAAAAUGCUUUUCUUCAGGAUUUUAGUAUAGGGUAGGCUGUGUCCCUGGUGUUGCUAAUGCAUCUCCCAGAUUUCAAAGAACUAUCAGUUUUGCCAUGAUUCAAAUCUUAAAGAUCUAUUUCUGUUGUUAAGUUUCUCAAACUGAAGUCCAUUGGAAAAAUAAUGUGUUCUUUGUGUUAUUAUAGCAAUUAUUUCUAAUAAAAC